GCGCGCUUGUGUGUCUGUGCUUGUGUGUGUGUGUAUGCGUGUGUGUGUGUGCGUGCGUGCGCGCGUGUGUGUGUGGGUGUGUGUGCGCGCGCGCGCGCGUGCUUGUGUGUGUGUGUGUCUGGGUGGGUGUGUGUGUGUGUGUGUGGGUGUGUGCGCGCGCGCGCGUGCUUGUGUGUGCGUGUGUGUCUGGGUGGGUGUGUGUGUGUGCUGCUGUCAGUUGUGUAGUCGGUGCUUGACACCCCACACAUCCCUAACCCACCUUACAGUGGUGCUGUUGUGGAAGAGAAGAGGAUUGAAACAGAUUUGUCCAUGGCUUUUUCUCACUGGUGGAAUGAACUUAUGAGGUAUUUUAACUCUGAGGUGAAAACCGCUGGCAUUUCGGCUGCUGUCGGCUUCACGUCCGCGUUAUUUCUAGUCAUUUCCUAUUUAAUGCUCACGUGCAGCAGGUCUCAGUUGAGAGAUGCUGCUGCCUGUGUGUUGUACUCUCUGAUUGGAGACCUGUGUCACCUUGCUGGAGCUUUUCUCUCUAAUCAGACAGUUUUUCAGCGUAUUAUGGCUUCGAUAAUGGCAACCUUGGAUGUUGUGCAGUUCAUUUCAGUCACUUUGCCUCUUUGUUGGUGGUACCAUUCCACCACUGGAAGGAGAGUGAGAAUGUUAAGCAGAAGAAGGAGGCAGAACGUUCUUGUGGUUUGUCUGCUGUUUGGAACGGGAGGAUGUGUUUACGCUGAUAUACAUGUACGCUACAUGCAAGCUGUCGCCUAUGGCUCUCCGAAUAGCAGGAAGCUUCUGAAUGUCAUUGUACAUGAUCAGACUGAACUGCUUGGUUAUGCUCUCGGUCUUCUGUCCUUCGCCAUUAGCUGGACCUCCAGGAUUCCCUUCUUUCUGAAAGCUAACAGAGGAGAGAUGAGUAAUUCAACGCAUGUUUUCUCAAGAGCUUUUAGUGCUUUGGCUGGAGCGCUUUAUGCCUCUGCUAUUCUGCUCUAUGACCCGCGACUGGAGUCUGUUGUUAAAGCACUGCCGUGGAUUCUCUCAGGAGCGUGCUGUGCAAUUCUGGAUUUCUGUAUUUUGCUCCUCUCAUGUUAUAGACUCUGCUAUAAGUGGCAGUCUGUUGGAACGCUGGAUUCGGAUACAGAGUCCCUUUUGGGCAGAUUCCACAGGGUUACGUCUGAUCUGUAUCACACCCCCAAAGACAUAAAUGCCAGAAAGCAUAUUUCAUCCUGGAAGAGCAGCUCAUCAAAAAAGCCUGAGAUAAGACCUUAUAGAAACACUAAUGUUCAGCCUAUUCGAAAGGUGUGUUUGAAGGAAGUUACCAUCACUCAGGAGGACUCAGCAGAGAGCCAGCCUCUGAAGGGAUCUGUGAAGGUGGUCAGGGUCGAUGAGUGUUAUUCCUCAGGCAGUGCUACAGAUUCGUCUUCUCUCAGCUCUGAGCUAGAGUGGGACUUUGAGGAGACUCCUCCACAAUGGAGUUCACAGAAUGGAGACAGGCAAAAGAUGGAUGCGUUCCCACUGCAGGAGUGGACGGUAGACCAGAGGUCAAAGUCGAACAUGAGAUCAAGCUCUACUGUCUGUUUCUGUAAUGCUGCUGAUCUGGGAGAGAGGAUGGUUUCUGGAUCACCUGGCACUAACUUUCAGAGCCUUUCAGAUUCUGUGAAAUGAUUCUGGAUUCACAGCAGAUGCCUCACUGAUUCAACAUUGUGAAUUUUCAGUACAUUCAUAUUUAAUGAGAUAUAAGCUAUAAUAAAUGAGAGUAAACAUAAA